AAGUUCUCGGUGUGUGGGGUCUCCGUCUGGGGAGGGACCAGGAAUGUCUGGAGACUCAUAGAGUGGAUCCCUGUGUGACAGAGGCGAUCUGUGUGACAAGGUCUCCGGAAAAGCACUCUUUUUUGGAGGGCCGGGGGGAGCCAUCACCUGAGUGGGGUCCUAGUCUGUCUCUGGGGAAGUCUGGGCAGGAUGUCUGAAGUUCUUGGAGAGCCUGUGUUUCGGAGUCUCUCAGAGACAGAGCCUGGGCUGGGAAUAUCAUUGUGGAUUCGCCGUGGGGGUCCUGGGGGAUAUGGGGGCGUCCUCAGCGGGUCGCCGUAGUGUGUAGCAGGAUCGAUGACUAGGGACAGUUUUUGGAGGGGUCAAGAAGAUAAAAUUGUUGAGUCCUUAGGUGCAGGGGGUGGGAAGGCGGGGCGUGGGGUUCUCCAAGGGUGCAUGAUUUGGGGGGGGGGGUAAGGAACACCUGGAAGAGAACCUUGUAGGGAGAAAUAAUUGUGUGGGUCUCUAUGGGGGAACAGGGACGAAUGGGUCCUCAGCGAAUCGCCCCUCGUGUUAGCAAGGUCUUUGGGGAGGGUCUCUGGGAGAUGGCGUCAGUGGAAGCCCAGAGAUCGCCCCUACCUGCCGGCGGGGGGCUUCCCGGAGAGGCGUCACGCCUUCUCGGCCGCCGGAGGGAAGGAAGCGAAGCCUUCCCCUCCUUUCCCGCCCGCCCCUCUAAACUCUGGUCCGGAAGCCCGGGACUACAGCCUUCCUUAGCGGCAGGGAGCGGGGGAGGGAAGGGAAGGGGGCGUGUUCGGAGGCCAGGCACCGCCCCCGCCCGCCCGGAAGGAGGCUGCCUCAGCUCAGAGCGGAGAUCCCGGCCCUGUCCUUAUAUGGGCAGCCGGAAGCGGCUCGCGCGCCUGCCCUACGUCAUUAUACCCAAAUUUAGUCGUGGAAGUCUGGCGCUUCCAGUGGCCGGAAGACUCCGCUCUCCCUUCCGCGCGGCAAGGGGGGAGGGAGACGAGCCUUCCCUUAAAGGGCCUUUGCCACGAAUGAAUGGAGCUAUAGGAACAAUUUUGCAUCUUGUUUUGGAGGAACUGGAGCAAUAGGGCGUAGCGGAGGGUGGGGCCGAUGUUUUCUAUCUAUCCGCUCUAUCUCUGCCUUGCUCAGUUUACAGCUCCUACCCCAAGCACGCUUCCUGGGGCGCAGGGGCGGAGCAGGGCCGUGUUGUCUAAGGGGCGCAGCCACGUGUUCACCCGGACUGUCCUGUUGCCCGGGUCCUGCGUCCUGCGAGCACCCAGCCCACCCGUGGAGCUCGAGUAGAGGAAAGGGGCGGGGGGUGUUCGGUGUGGAGCGCAGGAAUGACACCCAGGGCUGCGUUCGUGUCUGCAGACGUCCAAUGCCCGUGGAGUGGGCAGCUAUGCCUAGGAGCCAGCCCCCGCUGCCCGCCUGCUUACUGCCUACAGAGAAGGAGUGAGGAGGGCUGGCUUACGCUAGAAAGACGCAAGAGCUGGAGGCCCCGGUGUCCCCUUUCACUGCAGUGGCCGUUUAUUCGUUUAGCAAACAUUGGACUAGUCACUCUGUCUCGAUUUCCCCAGCGGAAGAAAUCAGGUACAGCAGUACCCUCCGCGGAGUGGAGGUGAGGCAUUUAGUAAAGGAAAACCCUUAACAGCGCCUGACGGGUAGUAAGUGCUUUCGGAAGUGUUAGCACGGUUACUGAUUCAAAAAAUACGAAUCGGUUACUGAUUCAAAAAAUAUUAACUAAACACCUAGUAGCUGCUAGGAACUGUGCCCACGGGGGAUAUACCGGUUCGAAGCCCGGUCUUCCCCGGUGCUAAGGGAAACUCGCUGCCUACAAGCCACUGGGGCUUCAAACGCAAGCACGUGGGUGGACUCUGAUCCCCCCAUCCGCCGCCCUGCUCUUCUGGGCCCGCGCGCCUGCUCAUUGAGGGCCCUGGGAAAGGAGACCACCCCGAGAGCUCUGCGUGGACUGGGGAAUGCUCCCCCACGCUCCGACUCCCUCCCUUCUCCCGCCUCGGUAAAUUCUACCCUGUCGCUUUAAGGAGUCUCUCGCCGUGGUGCGUUGGGAAGCCCGGAUGCGGCUCUCGGAUUGGGCGGGGCGUCUCCGUGACUUCACCCCGGGUACAAAAGGGCCCGGGUGGCGGGCGCUGGGGCAGAGCGUCCUAGCAGUGUCACGGCGUGGGUUGGCGCGAGGGGAGAAGCGUGAACGAGCGCGUAGCCCGGAGUGCACCUGCUACCUGUCCUGCCCAGUCAGGGAGCCCCCGCCGGCCUCGCCCCCGCCGUCUAGCCGCCAUGGAGGUGCAGAAGGAGGCUCAACGCAUCAUGACCCUGUCGGUGUGGAAGAUGUACCAUUCGCGCAUGCAGCGCGGUGGCCUGCGGCUGCACCGGAGUCUGCAGCUGUCGCUGGUCAUGCGCAGCGCGCGAGAGCUCUACCUCUCGGCCAAGGUGGAAGCCCACGAGCCCGAGGUGCCCUUGCCGCCCGUCCGCUCCCCUGAUCCUCGCCUGCACCAGUUGCGGGAAGCGGAAGCUGUAGCCGAGGCAGCGCCCCCCGACGGUGAGCAGCCUUCCCCGGAGCCCAUGGACACGCGGGAGGCGCCGGGAGCCGCGGAGACCCCAGCUCCCUGUGCCCCGCGCCCCACUAAAGUCAGCCGCAAGCGGCGGAGCAGCAGCCUGAGUGACGGCGGGGACGUCGGACUGGUCCCAAGCAAGAAAGCCCGUCUAGAAGAAGAGGAGGAGGAGGCAGGGGCCUCUUCGGAGGUCCCUGAUCGCCUGCAGCCACCUCCCGCUCAAGCGGAGGGCGCCUUCCCCAACCUGGCGCGCGUCCUACAGAGGCGCUUCUCUGGCCUCCUGAACUGCAGCCCCGCCGCCCCCCCGACGGCGCCGCCGGCAUGCGAGGCGAAGCCUGCCUGCCGCCCUGCGGACAGCAUGCUGAACGUGCUCGUGCGGGCCGUGGUGGCCUUCUGAGGGUCCCCGAGCGGCGCUACGGGAGCCCAGAGCGCGGGCCGAACCGUCGGCCGGAGUGCGCACACCCGAGGCGAGGCCCGCCCCCGGGGGAGCGCCCGCUGAAACCGUGGAGAGGAGCUGCCGCCCGGGCUGCUGAGAGGCCUGAAGAGGGACUCUGCCCCCGGGGAGCCGUCGCCGCCUGUGCGCAGCGGCGGCGCCGAGGAGCCUGAGCGGGGAGCGCGAGCGCCUUCCGCCGAGACCUGCUGCGCCCACAGGUGCUGUCUUAACGGACUGGGACGUGGACCUUUCCCUCUCCUUCUGGGACUGGGAGCAGGGAGGCUAGGUUCUUUAAAACUCCUCAGGGUCGGACUUGAUUUUUUAUUGGGAGCUGUACUGCCCUUUCAAGGUUUUUCAAUAGUUGGUGUUUGCAUUUCCAACCUCAGAAUUCCAGGCAGGCGCUCCCUUCCCCCACCAGUGACAUACUUGUGCAAGCGGUCAUCGUUGCGUCAUGGGGCAGACGUGGGGAGCUUCCUGUUGCCUUGCGUGGGUGUGGGGCCUGGGAGGAGGGUCUGGGGUGUGGACCGCCCUGGGGAAUGGGAGGAGGGCGUCCUGAGUCACCUCGCCCCGCGCGCUGCGGGUUUGUGCCCCGCGCCCCUGCGCCUUCGGCUGUAUAGCGGCGGCAAGGUGGGGGCCCGAUUUAAUUUCAGGUUACAAUUUUCCUCAUCUGGGGCGUGAGAGGUGGUAAUACGUUCCCAGUCUCCGGCGUGACCGUCCCUCAGACACACAGACACAACCCAGACGAUCCUGGUCUGAAUCACAAAAUUGGGUGGGGGUGUUUAGAGCGCUUGUAAGGCUGCGCUGGGACCAGCUGCUGGUGAGACUGGGCCAGUUUGGGAAGGGGAAGAUUCUUGCCAGGGCAUGCUGAGGUCUGUUUACCUUUACUGUGGUGGAUUCUGUUUAAUUUCAUCUAUCUGGCUUUUUGCUAGAAACGCCAGAUAGGAAAAUAAAGGCCAUUUGAAUAAA